CAUAGGUCGAAUUUCGAGGCUGCCCAGCCUCCGAUCCUGAUAGACAGUGGGGUUGCCAUCCUCGAGAAUGAGAAGAUUGAGAGGCAUAUUAUGAAAAAUAUUCCUGGAGGUCACAACCUCUUCAUUCCAGAUCAGGAUGUGAGCAGAAACAUUGAGAAUGUGUAUAGUAAGUUCAAGCACAUGUUAAUGAAGAGAGAUGAACAUUCAGCUAAAGCUAUGACAGCAAUUCUAGUAAAGGUGGAUGAGAUGCUUAAGAACAAAGGGACAAGGUUCCUAACUGGAGAUACAAUGUGCUGCUUUGAUUGUGAAUUGAUGCCUAAGCUAAGGCAUUUACAAUUUGUUUUAGGGUCAUUUUUCUGCGACUACGAGAUCCCAGCCAAGCUGACCCAUCUCUGGAAAUACAUUAAGGAAAUGUAUCAGUUAGAUGCCUUCACACAAUCUAACCCAGCUGAUCAGGACAUCAUCAACGUGUACAAGAACCAGCAGGGCGUGCGCAGUAAGAACCACGAGGAGCUGGAGACUCCAUCCUACACCACUAGUGUUCCAGCCGCCAUUGCAAACUAGUCGCCAUAUUGAAUUUGUAACCUCCAUUUUGAAUUUAUGUCGACAACUCUUUUUGCGAUCUUUUUACAUUCCAAGAACAUUAAAAAUUGGUCAUUAAAGUAUUUAGAAUUAACCGUUAUUUACUUGCGGCUAUUUUUUAUGAUAAAAAUGCUAACAAGCAGCAAAAUUGCAAUUUCCUUGUUUUUUUUACAAUGAGAAGUCAAGAUGUUUUUUUAAGUCACAAAGAACCGUUUAAUUUUCCACUUUAAAGAAAAAGAGAAUCCAACUACAUUUUUUUACGGCACGCACGCAAAAUAAAAAACGAAAUUAUAAUCGUUUUUCUGGAAAUUUUUUGUGAUUAAAUAAACACUUGAUAAUUUGCUGAAUCGUUCAAAUCGUUCAAAUACGCUUUGAUUGUUGAAAAACUCUAGUUGUGUAAAUUAAUAUUUGUCGGGACAUGAUCAAUUGUUUGUAUAUUUUAAUUUAAUCUUAGUUUUUGUAUUGAAUAAAUUCUUUUCGAAUA